AUGAUGGUCGGUACUACCGCUGAUCUGAUCUUCGCAUGGGCUGCGGUAGGACCGGAUCAUAUAUGGGGUGGUGCGGCAGUGAUAGCACUCUUCUUCACUGUAUUCUUCGUGGCCGAACUUAAAGGUCGAUCUUUGGAAGAAAUGGAUGAGUUAUUGAGCAAAUUCCGCUGGGGAUGGCAAUACUCCUCAUUCCAGACUAUUGGUGUUGGUGCACAAAUGGCUCAGGUCGAGAUGGCUAUUGUGGAUGGUAUCAACGAUGAUACGAAGUUGAAUGACGAUUCGGAUAACAAGGAUGAUAUGUUCGUUGCUGUCAGCCGGUCAUAUCUCUAG